AUGUCAAAAAGAAAGUAUCUAGGGCAUCGGAAGAUUCCUGUGGAGAAAAUAGAAAAUGAAACUACUCGACUUGUAACAUUCUCAAAGCGUAAGUCAGGUUUAUACAAAAAAGUAAGCAAGCUGGUUGAGAAAUACGAUGUUAAUGUGGGAAUAAUAUCAUAUUCUCCCAAUGGUAAGCCUUACUCGUUUUUUCACCCUACAUUGGACUCUGUUAUUGGUAGUUUUGUAAGUCCAGAUACACAGCCAAGUGUAGAUAGUGGCAUCGUUGCUGUAAAUGCACGGAUCAAAGUGACGGAGCGACGAGGUCAGCUUGACAACCUUGAUAUCGUAGAAAAGAUUAUAUCUAAUCAGACACCCGACGCGAAUGACAUGGAAAAUUUGUGGGAAUACAUCGAUAAUGUCAAUAAAGAGGAUGUGAAAAGACUUGAAGAAUGGUUGGAUCUUGUUGAUCUAAAGUUGAACCAUAAAUUGAUGGUGUUGGAAAAUGGUGUUGCUUUUUCAACACAAGCCCCUCCAAAUAAUGCUUAUCAAGCAUAUAGUGGUUUCUAA